AGCCCCGGAGUCUGUCACUAGGGUCACUAGGGUCUGAGACGUACAUCCGGCUUCUACGUAAUACUGCUAGGCUGCUUCCGGUCUGCGGAGCUGAGAGGAAGAUGGUCCACAAAAGUUUUAGUCAGUUUAAAUCUAUGGAUUAAAUAUGAGUUUGCCACGGAAGGAAAAAAAAGGACAAUUGCAAAGACAAGUGAAGAACUACUCCGAGCACUGCUGUGUCCCACUGUGUACGGCGUCAGCUAAAUGCAACGGCGUCCUAAGUUUUCAUGGCUUUCCGACCGAUCUCGAGCUGCAAAGACAAUGGCUGGUAAACAUACUACGCGAUAACUUCACAAUCUCCUCUCACUCCAAGGUCUGCAGUCGUCACUUCGCCACGGAUCAACUCAUAGAGCGAAAAACCCUUGAUGGCCGUAGGAGGCUUGUGAAAGGUGCUGUACCAACUCUGUUUGAGUGGAAUCACUUUACUGCUCAAACACCGCGGGCUAGUGUUUGGGAGAAAGGGGUCUCCGGGGCUGCAGGGACAUGCUACUCGUCCAACAUGGCAACCAGGUGGGGAAUCUGCAGCACGGGGAGGUUCAGUCAUGACUUCACUGUGGCUCUGAAGACCCUUCCUCAUGAAGACCACCAGGUUGUGGCUGUGGCAGCUCGUGAAUUAGAGGAUGCACAGCAGUUUGCCACAAAGCACAGCAUCUCCCGAGUUUACGGCAGCUAUGAGGAGCUGGCCAGAGAUCCAGACAUAGAUGUUGUGUACAUUGGAGUUUACCACCCCUACCGUCUGAUGCUCUUCACAAAUGCCAAGAAGAACGUGUUGUGUGAGAAGCCGCUGGCCAUGAACACCAAGGAGAUCUUGUCCUCUGCCAAGAGGAAUGAUAUCUUUCUCAUGGAGAUGUACUGUCCAUUCUGUGGGUCCAGCGUGACAGCUCCCCAUGGUGUUUGUGGUGUCUGUGGCAGAGACAUCACGUUUCUAAAGGAUGUGGCUAACAAAGUCCCUGAGGAGAUGCCCACCACUAGUGCACAUCUAAGUGCACAGCCUAGCACCAGUGCAGCAGGAAGCUCAGCUGUAGUGUCCUUAUCUAGUGAAAAGAAACAGAAAAUAGUGAAGAUUUCUGUUGGAGUAAUGAGGAUGAUGGAUGGCUGCCUUAGACCUGUGAGAGGGAGGUUACUUCCUCUUGAUGUUGAACCUCAAUGGUCAUGUCAAGAACUGUUGGCUGCUGCCAUAAAAAAUCAGAAAGCUUUUAAACAGGUCGUGGAAGAUGGUGCCCAUGUUUUGUUGUACCCUGAUGCGAGGGAGAUUACAAAUAUACCCGGAACGGACAUCCCUUUCACAGUGGAGAUGUACAAAAAGACCAGUGGAAAGCCCUACCAACGAAUUGCGUUGUACAUCUGUACUGUUGAAGACUUUGAAAACAGUUGUUACACUGGAACAACUUCAAGUGAAGAGGACGGUGUGGUUCGUGUAAAUUUGCCGUUGCAAUAGAGAGCACUCCAAGAAUGGACAACAGUUUGCCAGGAAAAACGAACAGGACUCCUCAGAGACAUCCUGAUGUUCUCAACAGGAUUAAACACCCUGCCACGGUCUGGAAUUCAGCCGAGACCCAAAUAGAUUUUUCAGCGAACAUCUCGCUUUCCAAUCGGCAGAACCUGCUCGAACACAAUUGAAAUACCGAUGUCAAGCACCUACGAACAGUUUGAAAGCAACAUGGACUUUGGAAUCGAAAAUUCGCUUGGUUUUGGACUUUAUUGAAAGCUGGGCUUACAAUUGACAAAUUAGCCAUGUUCUUCAUGUUUAUAUGGUUCGCAACACAGGACUCCCAGGUCAAGGGUUGCAUUAGACCACUCGUUCUUUGAAGGUUCUCAAAUUGUUCCUGGAAGUGGUCGUCUCCACAUGGACUGUUGGUCGAGUCCAGAACAAACUGGCCCAAGUCGUCUUGUGGGACUGGGAACCCACGGUCAGUUCCACCGUACCUGAAUGUGAAAUAUGCACACAGUUUAUUAUUCACAUGUACAAAAUUGUUCUUAAAAUAUUGUUUUGUUGUUGAACUUGUUUGAAAAUAAAAAAAGUUACUGUCACAUAAAA